AUGGUUUACACUGAACACCAUGGAGACCGUCGUGUGGCCUCUCCUCAGCACCAGCCCCCACACUCCUCACUUGCUCCCUCCCCCUCUCUCCCCUCUCACUCUCCCACUCUCCUCCAUCACAUCUACACUGUUUGCACAGAUUUGCACUUGCUCCGCUCACUGCGCUUUAAAUCCGCUGCAGCCGCUGCUCGAUUCAAGCUAAAUCAGGUUGACAGCAUCUGA